AGCUUUGUGUAGGCAGGAACAACUUGGAUGUAGGGGAGAAGGAAAGGGAGGUGCAAGCAGUACUAUAUUUCUAAAUUUAUUUAUUGCUUAACACACAAACACAUAACACAACUGGGGACAAGACCUAAGUCUUCGCUCUCACGGGAUCACAGGUUGUAGCAAUGGAACUGGUUUCAACAUCAAUUGGCCAGUUGACAGUUGAUAUUUUCAGUAAGCUGAAUGAGACCAACAAGGGCAAAAACAUUUUCUUUUCCCCUUGGAGCAUAUCAUCUGCUCUGGCUUUGAUAUACCUGGGUGCAAAAGGUGAUACAGCAACAGAGAUGGCAGAGGUGCUUCAUUUCAUUCAAGCAGCAGGAGCUGAAGGCAGCUCUUCUUCUGUGGCCAGACCUUCUCGAGGGAGACCAAAGAGAAGAAAAAUGGAUCCCGAGAACAAGCCAGCUGAAGGGAUCCACUCUGGCUUCAAAGAGCUGUUGGCUACCAUCAACAAACCCAGAAGCACCUACUCGCUGAAGAGUGCCAACCGCAUUUAUGUGGAAAAAACCUUCUCACUAUUGCCUAGAUACUUACAGCUCAGUAAGAACUUCUACAAAGCAGAGCCACAGAACGUUAACUUUAAGACAGCACUGGAACAAUCCAGAAAGGAAAUCAAUGCUUGGGUUGAAAAACAAACUGAGGGCAAAAUCAAGAAUUUGCUGGCUCCAUCAGAUGUGUCAGUCACCACCAAGCUGAUCCUGGUAAAUGCCAUUUACUUCAAGGCAGAAUGGGAAGAAAAAUUUGAAGCAGGAUAUACAAAUCUGCUACCCUUCCGACUGAGCAAGAACAAGACCAAGCCCGUGAAGAUGAUGUACAUGAGACAUACAUUUCCAGUUCUUAUCGUGGAAGCAAUGAAUUUCAAAAUGAUUGAGUUGCCAUAUGUGAAACGCGAACUCAGUAUGUUCAUCCUCCUUCCUGAUGACAUCAAAGACAGCACAACAGGUCUUGAACAGCUGGAAAGAGAAUUGACAUAUGAGAAGCUCUCUGAAUGGACUGAUUCCAAGAAGAUGACUAAAACUAUCGUGGAUCUGCACCUACCUAAGUUCACAAUGGAGGAGAAAUAUGACAUCACUGAUAGUCUGAAGAGUAUGGGAAUGCGCAGUGCCUUCAGCAGCAAUGCUGAUUUCAGUGAAAUGGCUGAGAAGGGUGGUGUUCUGAUCUCUAAAGUUAUUCACAAAACUUUUGUUGCAGUUGAUGAGAAAGGCACUGAGGCAGCUGCUGCUACUGUAACCACAGCGAUAGGUAGUGGACCUGUGAGCAAUAUUCUGAAAUUUAAGGCUGACCACCCUUUCCACUUCUUCAUCAGACACAACAAAUCCAAGAGCAUCAUCUUUUUUGGCAGAUUCUGCUCUCCCCAAGAAUAAUUUAAUACUUACCCCCAGAGAGCACCCUAGGUUCACUGUUAAGAGGAAAAUGUGAACUCUUGUGCUGAAAGCUCAAUCUUAAGCCAUGUAGCCAUACUGAAAGUGUAUGUCCUUUUCCUUCCUCGCCCACGUAAGGCAGCACCCAGAGGCCACCCUGUGCCUUAAAGACCAUCCCUCUACUACUGCUUUUCAUUAUCCUAAUGAGACAACCCUCCACAGAAAACAGAGUGCAGAAUUUUUGACUCCUUGUAUCACACCUGCUCUUCUGACUUUGUUGUUCAAGAGUAAGGUGGAUCCAUAAAAGCUCUCUGCACACAGGCUGUCAUCUAGACCCAUGCCAAGUGCUGACUUCAAGGGGAAUGCUGUUGAUCCUCUUGAAACUCCCAUACAGGAAAAAACUCCCUGAAUUAUUUUUAUUUUAUUUUUUAAAAGACCUUGCAGAAAUGUAUAUGCUCUCUUUUCUUCACUGGGAGACUUGCACUUGCAUUACAAUGCAGUUUCCUUACACUCAUUUCAGAACUAAAGAUUGUUGGAAAUUUAAAACAAAAAUCUAAUAUAGACCCAGAAUACUUUACAAACACCCCUCACCUUCCCCGUCUCAUUGCAUGAAUACAGAUACAUUGCUUUAGCUCUCUCCUGCCCUUGCAGCUUCACAAUAUAAUGAGGCAAAGAGGGAAAAUAGUCUAGCCCUCAACAUAUACUCACUGACUUUUAAUCACCUUGUAUUUAUCCCUCAUUUUUCUAAACUUUGUAGGUUAAGGCUGCUGAGAGUUCCAAUCAGAAAAUAAAUGCUAAGAAAGUAUGAGCAACAUGCUUCUUGCUACUUCAUGUUGAUAUGUAAUCUAAACCCUUCAGAAUUCAAAUCUGCUUCAUGUUUUUCAUUUAAUCUAAUUAUACCUGUUUCCUGGCUAAUAUCUGCAUGGUUUGCUUGCCACAUGUAUCAUUGAUCAAUGUAUGAUUUAUGUGAUGAUUUAUGAUGGGUUAUGCAACUUAUGAGUGCAUCUCUCAGAAAGAUACUCGUGGUAUUGACAGAAACACCAGUGAGAUUUUGACUGAUGCUUUACUUCAUGAUUUUACCACGAUCUGCAUUUAAUCCAAUAAACUAACUUGGGA